GAUUAAAGAUCUUAUUAUAGCUAUUAAUUAUGGCUCUCUUGCGUUUUCAUUUUUAUCUCAUCUUCUUUUUUACUCUUAAUAGGAAGGUUAUGACUUCACCUAAUCUACAAAAUUAUGAUGAACUGGUUUUACCAACAGGAGUUGUUGGUCCUGAAAGUCUUUCUUUCGAUUGCGUCGGUCAAGGACCCUAUGCCGGUGUUUCUGAUGGAAGAAUCUUACGAUGGAAUGGAUCAAAUCAAAACUGGAUUGAGUUUGCUGUUACAACACCUAAUAGGGAUAGAGCAUUUUGCGAUGGAACAAAUGACUCCAGUAGAGAACCACAAUGUGGCAGACCAUUGGGUUUAAAAUUUCAUCCCAAAACUUGCGAACUUUACAUAACAGACGCUUAUUUUGGAUUGAUGAAAGUGGGACCAAAUGGCGGAAUUGCAACUCAACUUGCAAAUUCAGCUCAAGGAACUUCUUUCAAAUUUCUUAAUGAUUUAGAUAUCCAUGAUACUACUGGAGUUGUCUUUUUCACCGAUAGCAGCACACUCUACCAAAGAAGGGAUUUCUCACAGAUCAUUUCAAAUGGAGAUAGUACCGGAAGAUUGUUGAGAUUCGACCCAACUACCAAACAAGUGAGCAUAUUAUAUAGCGGGUUAGCAUUUCCUAAUGGGAUUGUUCUAUCCAGAGAUAAUACUUAUCUCCUUGUAGUUGAAUCAACAAGAAAUCAAAUUCUAAAGUUCAUGCUUUCGAGUUCCGAAAUUGGAACCCCAUCUGUGUUUGCUCGAGUGGAUAGGUUUCCAGAUAAUAUCAGAAAGAACAAUCAAGGGAACUAUUGGGUCGCAUUGAAUACACCGAGGGGAGGAUACUCUGAAAAUUUACUGGGUGUGUUGUUUGAUGAAAACGGAAGAGCAAUUCAAGUUGUGAACGGUGAUAGUGGCGAUACUCUUGAAUCCGUGAGUGAAAUUGAAGAGCGUAAUGGAAGAAUGUGGUUUGGAUCACCUCGGCAACCUUAUGUUGGCACCGGAAUUAGUUUUUAGAUUUUAUUUAUAUUUUAGAUUUAGAUUUGAGGUAUCUGUUAGUUUAAUUUUAAUGUGUUUGUGACUUUGUGUUUUCCGGAUACAAGUUUAUUUAUUUAUUUAU